AUGAACCCUUCUACCAUGCCUUUGUCUGCUAUUCAUCCGUCCUUGAAACACUGGGGAGUUACUGUCCAGGCAAUUGAAGCAACACAUGUGAAGUCUAGCUCAAUUCUUCAGCAACAAUUUCAAACAUUUGUGCUUGCUGACGCAGAGGGUACGACAGUCGAAAUGCAUGUUCCUCAGAGCAUUCUCGAUCAAACAACUGAACUGCUUGUACCGUUUAAAACAUACCACAUCUCUGGAGCUUUGGUUUCUCCGCCAAUUACUGAUACUGCCAUCAGUCAAUAUCCAUUUCAUUUCAUUGCUACUGAAGAUACUUUAAUUGAAGAAAUUCAAGAGGCUGGUCAGCCUUCUCUUCCUCUUCAUUUCCAGCUACAUUCUUUCUCUACAUUAGCCGUAAUUGCUGACACUGAUCAGCUUAUAAAUGUCAUGGGAAUUGUACUACAUGCUUUACCUGUGAAAACUAUCACUUCUGACAGAGAAACAUCCAUUGCUCGAGACUAUGUCAUUGCCGAUCGAGACAUGAGGCCAUUCAUUUUAACUUUGAAGAAUGACUUCCAACAAGCCAAUGGUCCUGCAAUUGCAGCUGCUCAAAACGAUUUUCCAGUCAUCAUUGGCAUAAGAAUGAAAGUCACAACACAGAACUAUCUUAGCCUUUCAACUCAAGAUUCGACCACUAUUUUGAUAUCUCCAAUAGUACAACAAGCAACGGAUCUGCAUCACUGGUAUCAUCACAACGCGCCUCAGCUAGCACAGAUGGUCCAUGAACACAGUUAUACUAAUCCGCACAUCCUUCUUCCUCCCCCUCACUACAAUCAAAUCCAUGACAUAGCCGCUCUACUUCACUUCAAACCAAGGACUGCAUGGAUUAGAGGUGUCGUCGAGCUUGACUGUAAACCUCAAGAUUUUACCUACAUAGCUUGUCCCAAUUGUUAUCACCCAAACAACUGUGUAGAUGAACGGAAAAUAACUUGCAAAUACUGCCAAGCUAAUGUUGAUCUCCAACCCGGGGCUUGCAUUUCGAUUUGGAUCACGGAUUCAACUGGCACUCUAUGUCUUACUGCUAUGGGCUCUGAAGCCGAAAAGCUAGUUCAAUUUUCAACUGCUGAACUAUUCUAUUUGCAAAUGGAGAAUAUAAAUAUAACUCAGCAUCUCCAAACAAUUCUCCACGGAAAAAUACUUACAUGCUACAUCAAACCCUCCACAUCAAAGUUCAGAAUGAUCAGACGCUCAGCUUAUCAAAUGAUCACUUACUACGCUAUGGAUGAAGUUCACAACGUUGACAACCUCAACAUCAAUGAUCUCAACAUUAAUCACUGA